AUGGAUUUCACUUUCGUUGUCUCUGAAGCUCUCACCGAGUUUCAGGCCACAGAAAAGGGUCAGCUUACUUUGGAAGAUUCACAUUCAAAAUUGGAAGAAGUCACCGAUGCCCUAGCCCUUUCCCCAGAAGCAAUAGGUAGAUCCGAGAUCUUUGAUCUCUUGAAAGAUUUGGUGCUGGCAUCUCCAACGUUGAACCAAAAGCAAAGAGACCAAAUCGGGUAUUUGAUCUGCUCUACUAUCAGCAGUAUCGCCAAGAACACAUCUACCUUGAUCGAGAGCGGAGAAGUUGACUCGUUUCCUGUCUAUAAGAAAUAUCUGGAACUCUAUGGAUUUCUAAUGCAUUGUCAUUUAACCUUUCUAGCGUUGGAGGACCACUCAGCCGCAGUGACUACACAGAAAAUUCGAAGGGCUACGAAAAAGGAUGUUGAUCUCUUCAAGAACCACUGCUUGCAGUUGGAAAAUGCACUGGAAGCUACAUGUACCGUAUUUGGCGUGAAUCUUGAGAGAUUGUUUGAAACAACUCCAGAAAGAGACUUAUUUGUCAACUUAUUUACUAGACCGGUUUAUCUCCUGAUGGAAAGUGAACAGCGGAUUAAAGUCACGUCUGUAAAACUUCAUAUCUUCAAAGUAAUCUGUAUUGGAAUUAGAAACCAUGGCCAUGCUCCAGCUGCUGAAAGCUCAAUACUACAGAAUUUGACCUAUUUUCUGCAUUUGGCCGUUAUUAUGGCUGAGUUGCUAGACAACUUGAGUGAACAAUAUAAUUACAGCCAAUUAACUGAUGAGAUACUUAGGAAUGUAUCCUUGAAAGAGUUUAACCCAAAUGAUGCCAAUGGCCCACGUUCCAUCUCUUUGUUCAUAGCCAAAUUAUCUGAGUUGAAUCCAAGGUUAGUAUUACGACAAAUGACAUUCAUAGCCCAGCUGUUGGAUAAUAGUUCUCACAUGUUAAGAUGUGCUGUUGUGGAAGCUUGUGGUAAUAUUGUUAUAACUUUAGCCAAGGACGAUAUUAGUUUAGAAAACCACCAAUCUCAAAUUGAGACUUUGCUAAAGUUGUUGGAACAAAGAUUUUUGGACCAGAACCCUUAUGUGCGUACUAAAGCAAUUCAAGCAUUGUUGAAACUCUGCGAACUGAAAGAAAGGUUUUCCAGAAGGCGUUACAGGUUUUUGAAACUAGCUGUCAGGUCUCUGAACGAUCGUAAUCCCUUAGUCCGUCGGAAUGCAAUCAAACUAAUAUGCAAAGUGAUACUGACUCAUUCUUUCUCUGCGAUGCAUGGCCCCCAACUUGGCCUCUCUGUAUGGCAAAAGAGACUUGUGGAUAUCCAAGAACAAAUAAAUAGCUUGGACGGAUCUUUUUCGUCUGAACUAAUACCGACAGGUGAUGCUAAUAAUACUAGUAAUACCAUCAAUUUAGAGCAGGACCAAGAUUUUGAAGGGGAUAUCACAAUGCGUACAAUAGAGGAAGACUCUACGAUGCCGACUCCGGGAUCUUCGGAGCAAGAUGCAGAUAAAGAUGAACACAAUGAAAAGGAAGUUGUUGACUACGAGGCGCUAAACAAACUCAAAUUGACACAUCAAUAUUAUAAAGAUGCUAUUAAGUUUAUUAAGACAAUCCAUAGAGGUACCAAAUUGGCAGCUGUAAUUCUUUAUUCGAAAAACAGAACAGAGGUUCUUGAAACAAUGGAUUUCUUUGUUUUAGCUGAUGCCUACGGGAUAGAGAUAGCUGAGCUUGGAGUCAAGAAAAUGUUACACCUCGUUUGGAUUAAGAAUAACAACGACGAAGGAACAAGUGUAUCUUCCCAUUUAAUGGAAUGUUACAAACAGUUAUUUUUUACUACGCCUGCCACGGCCACUCCACUAGAAAAGGCCACUUACAUUGCCAGCAACUUAGUUGCGUUGACAAAGUCAGCAUCUGCCUCAGAUUUAGCAUCUUUAGAAAAGCUUUUGUGCAUGAUGUACACUAGUACUGAGAAUGAUCUGAUUGAUGAUAACACAAUAAAGGUUUUAUGGAAAAUAUAUCAGGCUAAGGACAAUAGUGUCUCGAUAGAGCAGAAGCAUGGCUCAAUAAUCAUCCUCAGUAUGCUUUCAUUAGCUGAUAAUCAAAUUGCACUAAGAGGUCUAGACCAAUUGCUAAAUAUUGGUCUUGGGGGUGAAAAAGUCGAAGACAUGAUUUUGGCCAGGUUCUCAUGUGUGGCUAUUCAAAGGAUGGUGCCUCAGGGUAAAAAAAUUGGACACGAGAAAUUCACACUAGAAAGAAAAGAUGAGAUAAUCAAUAAGCUUGUCGAUAUGGCAGUGAUGUACUCUGAAGAUGGUGAAUGGUAUGGUGCAGCUGAGCAUGCUCUCAAUGCAAUUUUUAUCAUUUCUUCUCAUCCAAUCGAAGUCGGUUCUAGUUUAUUGAAGAAAAAGAUUGAAACGACUUUUGGAGAGGUACUUCAAGAGAAGACAAGAAUACGAAACCUGACGCAGCUACUAUUUUUGGUUGGUCAUAUCUCUAUUAAAACGAUCGUAUAUCUUGAAAAGUGUGAGGCAGAAUUUAAGCGUCGAAAAUUGGAAGCUAGUUCCUCACAAGGUAAACAAAAGCCGGAUGAGAGUAAAGAAGUAGAGAAUGAACUGGAAAUGAUAGGGGGAACCUCUGAAGAUGAUUUUUCUGAUGCUAUUGCUUUUAUCAAAGAGAAGGAGUUAUUGUUCGAUGAAAAUUCUCUACUCGCAAAGUUUGGUCCUCUUGUCAAAGAAAUUUGUGCCAACAACCUUGAGUAUCAAAAUACCGAACUUCAAAGGUCUGCAGUAUUGUGCUUGGAGAAGUUCAUGAAAAACUCCCCCGAUCCUAUUAUUCGAAGUAAUGCGGUACUGGGUCUUGGAGACAUGGCAGUAUGUUUCAAUAAUUUGGUGGAUGAAAAUACUGACUUCCUAUAUCGUCGACUUCACGAUGAUAAUAUCAUGGUCCAACGUACAUGUUUAAUGACCAUAACUUUCUUAAUUUUAGCAGGCCAAUUGAAGGUCAAAGGACAACUAGCAACUAUGGCCAAAUGUUUGGAAAAUGAAGAUCAAGGAAUAUCUGACAUGUGUAAACUGUUUUUCACCGAACUUGCUGCUAAAGACAACGCUAUCUACAACGGAUUUAUAGAUAUGUUCAGUGGACUGACAAACGAUAAAACUCUUGAAAAGGACGCAAUGAAGAGAAUCAUCAAGUUCCUAGUUCCAUUUAUUGGCAAAGAGAGACACCAAAAACAAUUAGCCCAAAAGUUGUUGCAUCGUCUUGAAAAAGUGGAGACCGAAGAUCAAUGGAACGAUGUGGCGUUUGUCUUACAGUCACUCCCCCUGAAGAACAAUGAACAGGUUCAAGAGGCACUUGCGGAAGGGUUCAAAGUAGUACAGGCUAGGUCUUGA